GAGCAAAUAGUGGUUUACAUGACAUGACAUGUGUUUUCAAUUCAUAUGUUUUCAUUGAUUCACACUUUAAAACACUUUAAAACUUUAAACUUUACAUUGGAUUCAAACCUAUUAUAUGCCAUAAGAGAUGAGUUCAAAGACAUCGGACAUGACUUCAAAGACAUCGGAUAUGACUUCCGUUCGGCCGAAGAUCAGAAGCAAACACUCAGAGAAACUCAGUGGAGAACCGCUCGAGAGAAGAACCAUCCGGUUUGAGGACAAGGAUGGCAUUGAGCGCUACUACCCGGCACUGCACAUCAAGUUCUCGCAUACAAUGGUUUUCGUGAAAUACAUUCCGCCGCCGAUGAAGACUAUGGCAGACCUGCAUCUCAAUGGACACGACUUGACAUCCAAUGUCCACAUCCAGAGGUGGAUGUCUGUUGUCAACAGUUUCCAAGAGAUGAUUAAACGAAACAACUCUAAUGUUGUGUUAGAGCAGAGUAUCUUUACAGAAAAAUUACCAUUCGGUAAACACUUCCAAAACCAGCUGAAAUCAGGUGCUUGCGUCAGAAGUCUACAGUCUGGAGUCAUACCUGAGAUAUGCGCCACGAAGUCAUCACUUAUACAACUCAUUGAUUUCCAAUGA